AUGGCUUCCCAUAUUACCUCACAGAGCCAUCGCGGCAACCGUCAGUCGGCGAAAUCUACUGGCGUCGCAAGAGACGAUUCAGACGAUGAGCUCGGUGUCGAUGAUUUCCCUUGGGAAUGGAUUUAUGACUCUACACAUGCCAACACGCCCGAGCUGACUAUCAACGAUAGUACACAUGGCCGGAAGCGCAAAAGAAGUACUGUUGAGACUCAUAUAAAGGGUGCUCGGAUGGGCCAUUUCCAGUGUCACAUUGGCGACUGUGUUCUAUUGAAGGCUGAAGGGUCCAAAGAAGCAUGGGUUGCCAUUAUAUGCGAUUUCCUAGAGGAGGAUGACGGCGAAAAGGCUGCCAGUUUCAUGUGGUUUGCGACAGAGAAGGAAAUCCGUAACAAGGAAAGAAAACGUUUGGACUUCCUACCUAACGAACUAUACAUAUCUCCCUCUUGGGACAUCAACCCGCUCGCCGCGAUAAAUGGCAAAGCUACUGUUCUAUCACACCAAGAAUUCCUGUCGAAGUACCCGUCAGGGAAGGUUCCACGAGCCUCGUCUGACCACGGAAAGACGUUCAUAUGUCGGCGCGCCUGCAACACAAGAACAGCAACGUAUACAGAUGAGUUUGUGUGGGAAGACGUUUAUGAUGCCAGCGAACAGGGCGUGUAUGACUUGAUCGAAUUUGUGAAGUUGCACACCAAGUCGAGCAGAAAUCUCCAAGCAGCAAAAGACUCAACACCAGAACAGACAUAUGCAACCUCGGAUGGGGCUCUGGCCGCCAGGACGCCCAAACGGACAGCCCAAGCCGAAGCUUCUACACCUCGGGGGAGAAAUCGUUCAGUAACAACGCCAUCAUCUCGGAGACGGAUUAUAGUCAAGAAAACCCUUGAGUUCACGCCCUUGGGUAUCAGAAAGCUGUCACUAAACCGCCUACAGUCGUCCCCUUUCCAGUUAGCCCGGUCCCAAUUGCAUGUUGCCUCUGUACCGACAAGCUUGCCUUGCAGGGAGAGUGAGUUUGGCCUGGUAUAUUCUCAUUUAGAAGCAGCCAUCGCGGACGGUGUGGGAAGCUGCAUAUAUAUUGCCGGCACGCCUGGGACCGGGAAGACAGCAACAGUUCGGGAAGUCAUAUCUCGCCUGGAAGAUUGUGUGAGAGCUGAUGAACUUGACGACUUCAUCUUCGUAGAGAUCAAUGGCAUGAAGAUCACUGAUCCUCACCAGUCCUAUAGUCUUCUAUGGGAGGCCCUCAAGGGCGAACGUGUCAGUCCUACGCAGGCCAUAGAUCUUUUGGAGAGAGAGUUCAACAACCCGAGUCCUCGACGCACACCAUGCGUGGUUUUGAUGGACGAGUUGGACCAGCUGGUGACGAAAAAUCAAAGCGUCAUGUACAACUUUUUCAACUGGCCGGGCUUACGACAUAGCAGACUCAUUGUUCUGGCUGUGGCAAAUACCAUGGAUCUUCCCGAGAGAACUCUGAGCAACAAGAUCAGCAGUCGUAUAGGCUUGACGAGAAUUACCUUUCCCGGCUAUAACCAUGAGCAACUAAUGAGAAUCAUCCAGUCCAGACUCGAGUGCGUGCCUGGUAACGUUGUAGAGCCAGACGCUAUUCAAUUUGCUAGCCGAAAAGUGGCUGCAGUGAGCGGUGAUGCCAGAAGAGCACUGGACAUUUGCAGACGAGCCGUAGAACUUGCCGAGACUGACAGCCGCGCCGAGUCUACGUCAAGUGGCCAUAAGGGACGGCGACCCGCUGCGAGUAGCAGCAAGGCACCCGGUUCGCCCGUUAUGGUUACAAUAGCAACUAUCAAGAGAGCGAUCAACGAGGCAACUGCCAACCCUAUGCAGCAAUACUUACAAUCUUUGGCGUUCGGACCCAAGCUGCUUCUCAGCUCACUCUUGAUCAAAAUUCAAAGGAGCGGCACCAUCGAGACGACAUUCGGGGAUGUCAUGGACGAAUUGUAUCGUAUCAUGAAGUUAGAUACAGCAGCUCCGAACUCUGCCAUCAUCUCGGCCCUGGCAGCUGGAACACCAGGAGGCGAGGCUAGCCUGGGGAAGGAGAGUACACGGGUUGCCGAGGCUCUGGCGCUUCGACGGGCGGCGACUGAGCUAGUGGGUGCAGGUAUAAUUGUUCUGGAAGCACACAAAUCAGAGAGACCAAGCAAGAUGCGUCUUGCUGUAGGAGAUGAGGAAAUCAAAAUGGCAUUCCGGGAUGAUGGUGAGGUUAAUGCUUUGGGUCUAUUUUUUUAG